GGCCAGUGUUGCGCCCCACAGCAAAGCACAAACAAAAUGAAUCUUCGACCAUAACUGACGUGAGACUGGUAAGGCCCCCUGUCAGUGACAAAAUGACCCUCGUAUACGUCAUAUGCGAGAGCCACUUUCAUCUUGGAAUCGUCGCUCUCAAGUCAGCAGUAGCCUACUCCACGACAAGGCUGCACCUUAUCAUAAUCUCAGAUAAGCACAACGAGGGAAGGCUCCGAAAAGAGUACUCAUCCUGGCCAGAUACCAUAAAGGAGCGGGUCAGCUGUGAAGUGAUACCUGUGUGGUUUCCCAAGGACAACUACCACCAGUGGUGGUCAAUGUUCAAGCCCUGCGCAACUCAGAGGCUUUUCUUAACGAGUAUGCUUCCUAACGUGGAUGCCGUCCUCUACGUCGACACAGACGUGAUAUUUGUUCAUCCGAUCGAAGACUUUUGGAGAAUGUUCUACGCCAUGAAUGAAUGGCAGAUGGCUGGCAUGGCACCAGAAACAGAGGACUUUAAUUUGAACCACUACUUAACGAAGGCGCUCCAUCCAUUCGUGCAGCCGUUUGCAUUGAAUGCUGGGUUGCUGAUGAUGAACCUGACGCGCAUGCGCGCCUUCGACCUGGAGGGCCGGGUAAUGCGCCUUCAGGAGGAAUUCAAGGGACGCAUUCCAUACGCCGACCAGGACUUGCUGAACAUCGUUUUCGCCCGAUAUCCACAAGGGAUAUUCACCUUCACGUGCCGCUGGAACUUCCGUGGAGAGCACUGCAACGGCGGAGCACUGUGCACUGACGGCCCAAUCGCUGCGGUGCACGCCUCUCGCAGGAUGCUUCUAGACAACCCCGAGCCAGCGUUUAUCACACUUCAUCGAGCCAUGCUGAACUUCAAGCUUGGACAGAAACUCGUGGACGACUUUAUCCUUCCUUUAAGCGAAAGCCUUCAGAACACAACCUUGACGGGGUGCACCAAUGAGCUAAAGAAGCAGCUACAUCUACUUCGGCUGUCUGCAAGUCUUGUCGACAACAUCACUGCUCAAGCUGCGGGCACGAACAAAACGUAGUCGUUGAGUGCAUCUCCACGUCUCUGCCGUGAGGAUUUCUAGUGGCGACAUGCCGUCCCACAUUUCAUAGGUUACAAUUAUUUUCUGUCGUUCCACGCUGUUCAAUGCUGUUCAACCCCGACGGCGUACUCAACCGCCAACGACUUGUGUUCCGGCUGGGCAAAUGGUCCAGGGAGCCAGGUGCGCCGCGCAGCUGGUCCAGGAAGCGUCAAGGGCCUGUGUUCCGUGCUGGGCGACCGGUCAAGAGAGCCGGGCGAAGUGGCAGCACUGCCGGGCCACGGCGGUGAACAGCCUUGCAGCAGGGGCUGUCAUUACAGUCUUGGCUGCUGGACCGAGAGCAGUACCUGGAGCUGCUGCGUGACUAGCGCUUCUGUACCGGCUACCAUGUAUAUAUAGCACUCUCCGCUGCUGACGAGUGCACAAGGAGCCCGUGGGUGGACCCAUAGCGUUGUCGCUUCAAUGACAACUGCCUCACCGCGACCUACCCUGCCUGGACGCGUCAACGUUGACAGACCGAACUAACACGGCGAGAGACUUUCUUUUCGCGAAGACAGUGUAACAGCGGCCUUAGGACUGCAUAUCUUGCAUGUUACUAUCGCGUUUAUUUUAUGUCUAACGUGAAGUUUGUGAUCUGUUCUGUGAUAUAGGUUGGGUGGUGUGUGUGCUCGACAUUCAAAUCGGUUCCUUGCUGAGUGGUCCUGGGCUCAAACCUGACAUUACCUCACAAUAAUAAUUUUUUGGGAUGGAGCACAAGGUACAGACAGCUUAAACAGUUUCGCUGUUAAAAUUAGUAUUCACCCUUUUCAAAUGCAUGUAAUCUUCACAUAGAUUAUCACAAGGUCGUCGCAAAAACGAUUUGUGUGAACAAUGUUGUUUUCGGAUAAAAAAUUCAAUGAACCAUCGACCACAAUAUUCGAAAUGCUGAUUCAUCAUUUUAAUUUUCGUGUGCUUGCCAGAAGCGUUCAAGCUACA